AUGACCUGAUAUAAUGCAAGCCUCCAAGUCCCAAGGGUUCAGUUAGUUCAGUAGGAACCCUUCCAAUCGCGUGGGAAGAAAAAAUCGAAGCUUCCCGCCAUCGAUAGAUUCGCGCAUCAUUCCCUCCCUCCCUUUCAAAAGAAAAGGAAGAAGAAGAUAUUACUAUCACCCAACCAAACAUCGAAUUAGGGUUUUGCAGAGUCUCGUCUCUCUCAAACACCUAAUCUAAUCAGAGCGGUCGCUAACAGGGCGGGAAUCUCCAAUCAGCUCGAUAUAUGUAUAUGAUUUGAAGCCCUAAAAAUCACUCUAAUUACACUGGGUAUCUCAAUUUCGCUAUUUCGGUUUUACUGAUUAAUUUCUUAAAACACAGAGGAUGGCAAAUCACAGUGAAGAUCUCUCCCAAUUAAACAUUUCGAUAGAGGAAAAGGACAAGCUCGUUGCUGAAGUGGUCCGCUACGUGCUGUUCAAAAAUCACCAGAAUUCAGGGUCUCCAAUUAAGAGAGAUGAGCUAACCCAGAUUGUUACUAAAAACUAUAGGCACCGUACCCUUCCCGCUAUUGUCAUUGAUGAGGCUAAACACAAGCUUGCCAGCGUUUUCGGGUUUGAAAUGCGUGAGCUUCAAAGGGCUCGCCCUUCCUCGACCAAUCAGGGUCGUGCUUCUUCCCAACAAAGUGUUGCUGAUGCUAAAUCCUAUGUUCUCAUAAGCCAACUACCUGCUGAUGUUUAUAGGAAAUAUGUCGAGGAUGUAAACUCUGCUCAUGUGACUGGUUUUACUUUUGUCGUGAUUAGUGUUGUGCACCUUGCUGGAGGCAAAAUCCCAGAGGAAAAUCUCUGGCAUCACUUGAAGAAAAUGGGAUUGUUUGAAAACGAUGAAAGCCAUCCUGCCCUUGGAAACAUUAAGCAAGCAUUGGAAACACUUGUCCAGCAAAGAUAUUUGCAGAAGGACAAAAUCAGUGGCCCUGAAGGCAACACUUUGGUUUACGAGCUUGCUGAGAGAGCUCUAGAUGGACCAGUCAAUGAGAGAGUUAAAGAAUACAUAUCACAGGUAGUGAAAAGAGAUGUGGCCUCUGCGGUAAUCAAUUAGCAUCCUCAAGCUAACUCCAUGUAUCUAAGAUGCAGCAGUUCCAUCUCCUGUUAAAUGAAUGGUAACUCAUUUUGAGCGACACUUCCAUGCGCAUGGCUCCUCACCCACCCCCCCCCCCCCCCUGCAUGCUAGAAUCUGGAAUUUGCUUCCACAUGUGGGAGCUGGUAAAUAGUAAAAUACUGUUUUAUCCAUUUCCACUGAUGAAUAUGCUGUGAGCAGACUGGGGCAAUCAGCAGCUUAUAUUGCCAACUUGCGUGGAUUGUCUUUGUUUUGGGUGACUUGUAUUAAAGGGCGCUGCACGGCCUUUUGCACAAGCUUAGUGGCAUACUUUGUUUUCAGAAAA